CGGGAAAACAAUCCAAAGAUAAAAGCCGGGUUUUGAUCCCUGCUUUGCUUCUUCAACCUCGCUUUGUUUUCCUUAAUCGUCCUUCUCUGGAGGACGAGAAGUGCCACAACAAAAAAAAGCUUUUUUCUUUUAUCAAAGAGAAGAGAAAAACUAUUUUCAUUACCAUUAUGAUUGCUCUCUUUUGUUCGAUUGGAUCUGAGUAGCUCUGAGGGAGUCAUCCAAUCACCAAAAGCUGCUGCACUUUCCUUUCAAGCUUUUUCCUCUUCUGGGUCAUUCACUUCAUGAAGGUUUUUUGCUUCCCCUGCAUUGUUUUCUCUGUUCUGUGAUCAGUGCUGUUGUUGAAUUGCUCGAUGAUGGAAUCAAUUGUUAAUGGAGAUAGUUCUUCAUUCAGGGACCUGAAUUCAGGUCCUGGGAUUGGCAACAACCCUCCCUCAACACCUGGAGCUCCUCGACCUUCUCGGCAUCCGUCUCCAAAACCAUCGAGAAAUGAAGGGCUUUCCUCCGCAUCUUCUGUAAAUUCUCAUAAUCAUGGUGCAAAGAUGGCUCUCAAUCCCAAUGGUUUUAUACAAAAGCAUCUGCAGAAAACAGCAAAUGAAAAUAUGCAGCAUGAAGAAUUGCCUACUAUGACAAAACACUAUUUCGGUUUGAAUAAGGGGAAAUCUGAGUUUCUGGGGUAUACACAUGAGGGUCUUAAAACAGCAGCAGAUACUUCAAGCAAGAAGGGUUCAACGGUGGAAACCAAAUCUAACAUCAAACAUCCCGUUGAUGAUUUCAAGGGUUGUACUCCAACUGUCUUGGUGGAAUCUGAAAGUAGUGCCUCAGGUCCAAGUAAAGGAGGUGUUGUCCAGUUGAAAAACAACAAAACAUGUCAGUCAGAACAAACCCUUUGUCCAAGCCCUUCAAACAGUGCCACACUAUAUUCAGAAGCAAAACAAAGUUUUACACGCACAGAGUUUAGUGAAUGUGCAAGUAGUGUAGAUAAGUCUGGUGAACUUGGUGAAGGGAGCGACUCUGGUGAAUUUGUUGAGAGCAGGAAGACAAGCAUCCACAGGGGUAGCACUGGCAGUGAUGUUAGUGAUGAAAGUAGCUCCAGUGGUCUAGGCAACCUUUACAAGCCCCACAAGGCAAAUGAUAUAAGAUGGGAAGCAAUUCAAGCUGUUAGGUCUCAGCUGGGGACAGUGGAGUUGAAGCACUUUAGGUUGUUGAAAAGACUGGGGUGUGGAGAUAUAGGUUGUGUUUAUCUGUCAGAAUUGACUGGCACGAAAACUCAUUUCGCUAUGAAAGUUAUGGAUAAAGUUAAUCUGGCAGGUCGGAAAAAGCUUCCUAGGGCUCACACGGAGAGAGAUAUUCUGCAGUCUCUUGAUCAUCCAUUCUUACCUACUUUGUACACACACUUUGAGACAGAGAAGUUUUCUUGCUUGGUAAUGGAGUUUUGCCCUGGAGGAGAUUUGCAUGCCCUCAGGCAAAGACAGCCUGGGAAAUACUUUCCAGAGCAUGCCGCCAGGUUCUAUGUGGCAGAGGUUCUUCUUGCUUUGGAGUAUUUACAUAUGCUUGGGAUCAUUUACAGAGAUCUUAAGCCAGAGAAUGUUUUGGUGAGGGAAGAUGGACACAUAAUGCUUUCAGAUUUUGACCUCUCUCUAAGAUGUGCUGUGUCUCCAACUCUGGUCAAAUCCUCAAACUCAGGCUUACAGUCAAAGAACUCAACAUACUGUGCUAAGCCUGCUUGCAUCGAACCAACUUGUGUAAUGCAGCCAGAUUGUAUCCAACCUGCAUGUUUUGGACCACGCUUCUUCUCAAGCAAGCCCAAAAAAGAAAAGAAGAAUAAAGUUAAGAAUGAGAUAAAUCAUCAAGUGAGUCCUCUUCCAGAGCUCAUUGCAGAACCCACAAAUGCUCGAUCAAUGUCCUUUGUAGGCACUCACGAAUACUUGGCACCCGAAAUCAUCAAAGGUGAAGGCCAUGGCAGUGCUGUAGACUGGUGGACAUUUGGGAUCUUUUUGUAUGAACUUCUAUUUGGUAAAACUCCUUUCAAGGGAGCAGGGAACCGAGCCACUCUGUUCAAUGUGGUAGGCCAACCAUUGCGAUUUCCCGAGCAUCCCAGUGUGAGCUUUACUGCUAGGGACUUGAUCAGGGGUUUACUAGUAAAGGAACCACAGCACCGCCUUGCUUACAGGCGUGGAGCUACCGAGAUAAAACAGCAUCCAUUCUUUCAGAGUGUAAACUGGGCGCUCAUUCGCUGUACAAAUCCCCCAGAGGUGCCAAAACAAGUCAUGAUGGACGUCGCUGCUAGAACCGACAUGGCGAAACCACCCUCCGGUGACAAGGACCCAGGAGUAGAUAUGAAGCCUUCGGGCAAUUAUUACGAGAUUGAUUUCUUCUGAUCCUUGUGAUUAUUUCCUUCCUUUCUUUCUCAUAACCAAAAGUUAUAUCACCUCAAGAAACUACACAUUUUUAGUUCCUUUGAUAAUCACAUGUUGUAACUCUUACUUUGAAUUCAAGGCACACCAUAAUUAGAACUGUGUAAUUCAAAUGCAUUAAAAUUGAGGAAUGAAA